AUGCGUUUUAAUGAUAAAUCGUUAAAUGAGUUUUUGACUUGUAAGGUUGGGAAUGGAAAGCGCAUACGAUUCUGGAAAGAUUUAUGGUUUGGUGAAAAACAGUUGAUGUAUAGAUGGCCAGCUCUGUUUGCAGGUGAUAGAGAUAAAAAUGCGACUGUGGCAGAUAAAAUUAAACAGGUGGAAGGAAGGGUGAUCUUGGACGAGCGAUGGGUUAUAAGAGCUGACACUGUUGCGGCUGUUUCAGAGAUAGCUGUAGUCAAAAAAAGUUUUCGAAAGGAGGUUAAUAUGCAGCAGAUUCAGCAGAUGAAAUGGGUCAGUUGGGUUCCGAUUAAAGUGAACAUCUUGUUAUGGCGCAUUGAAAUGGACAGAGUGGCGACCCGUUUGGCUUUGGUGAAGAGAAAUAUACAGAUCCAGGAUACAUCGUGCCCACUGUGCAAUGUAGACGCAGAAACGUCUUCACACUUAUUUGUUAACUGUGGGUUUUCUUAUGGUGUGUGGAGUGAUAUUUGGGCUUGGUGCAAAUUGUACCCAGUUGGUUUUAACUCGAUCAAAGAGAUCCUAACAUGGAUGGAAUCGAUUCAAAUGUCAGUUUGGGGGAAGAAACUUAUUCGUGGGAUGGUGAUGAUUACUUGCUGGAGCUUAUGGAAAGAACGGAACAACAAAGUUUUCCAUGAUUCUACUCCUAAGGUGAUUGAGGUGGUUGCGAAUGUUAAAUCUUUGUCUUUUCUAUGGUUUAAAUAUAGAUCGAGUAGGUCCGAUAUUGAGUGGAAUGAGUGGGUGAAAUACCCGCUGUAUAUAUUGUAA